AUGGAAAAUAGUCCUGGUGGUGGUGUUAUCCUCUACGCUGGCUCGUCCGGCAGUGCCAGUCCGAGUCCUGGCAGUCCUUCAAGUGGAUACCAGACCCAGUCGCCCUCCUCCCACUCGCAGCCUUCAUCACCAGAGGGUGUCUCCUUUCAGGAGAUUGGGGCCCUGAGCAAGAGAGGGGAACAAGGGGGAGGAACUCAUUCCCCAAGAAUGGUCUUCCAGUUUCCUGAAGUAAACAACGCUCCCGUUGCCCAGAUAACAACAGUAUCAUCGGCAACCUACAACCACCCCACAGUGGCCAAAAGACCUUGUGGUUUCACUGGCACGUUCACCAAAACCGGAGGUAUGGUGCUUCUCUGCAAGGUGUGUGGGGACAUCGCAUCUGGGUUCCAUUAUGGCGUGCACGCCUGCGAAGGAUGCAAGGGUUUUUUCAGACGCAGCAUUCAGCAGAAUAUCCACUACAAGAUGUGUGUAAAGAACGAAAAGUGUCUCAUCAUGCGCAUGAACCGGAACAGGUGCCAGCACUGCCGCUUUAAGAAGUGUCUCUCCGUGGGAAUGUCCAGAGAUGCUGUGCGUUUUGGGCGUAUUCCCAAACGGGAGAAGCAGAGACUACUGGAUGAGAUGCAGAGCUACAUGAACAGUCUCAACGAAUCAGCUUCCAUGGAAAUGGAAGUGUCACCUCCUCCCGAUGCCCCCUGCAGUCCGCAGAACCAGACAAAUGAAGGAGCAUGCUCCAUAUCGCAGUCUUACCGCAGCAACUUAAUGAACAGUGACGAGAAACCACUCAAGAUGGCUGCUGGCAACGGCAACAUCGGCUCUUUGUCUUUCAAGCACAGUUCGGCACAGGAGCCUUCCCGGUCACACUCGGCAACCCAGACUCAGCACACAGUUCAGGGGGAGCAGGCAAACCUGACAUCAAGCUACCAUGUCCCCACAACCUGCCCUGUUGCCCACACCAACAAUGAAAACUCCAACAUUGACAACGCCAGGUACAACUUCUCCCAUCAGAAUCAGUGCCCCGUCACCGGCCGCCAGUCAUCUCAGUCCUACUCAGCCAAUCAGAACAGCUACCAAGCAAGGGAUUCCCAGAACCAAAGUCCUUGCCCCUGGAAGCUAAAUGGAGGAGCCAAAGUGCUGGCAUGUCCACUCAAUUCAUGUCCCGUGGCGCCGGCUAGUCGUUCCAGUCAGGAGGUCUGGGAGUCUUUCUCCCAGUGCUUCACCCCUGCUGUUAAAGAAGUAGUGGAGUUUGCAAAGAGCAUCCCGGGCUUCCAGACUCUUAGCCAGCAUGAUCAGGUCAUGCUGCUCAAAUCCGGCACUUUCCAGGUUCUGAUGGUGAGGUUCUGCUCACUGUUUGACCCCAAGGAGAGGACAGUGACAUUCCUCAAUGGGCAGACAUACUCACUGGCAUCACUGAGAGCUCUUGGCAUGGGUUCCUUACUGGACUCCAUGUUCGAAUUCAGUGAGAAGCUAGGUUUUUUGGGUCUGGAGCCGGACGAGAUGGCCCUUUUCAUGGCUGUUGUGCUGGUUUCUGCUGAUCGCUCUGGUAUAGUGGAGGUGGGAGCAGUGGAGCAGCUGCAGGAGAAUCUAAUAAAAGCUCUGCGCUCUCUUAUAACCAGUCGCCGCCCAGAUGACAGCACACUCUUCCCAAAGUUGCUGUUACGUCUGCCGGACCUGCGCACCCUGAAUAACCAACACUCUGACAAGCUUUUAGCUUUCCGCAUAGAUCCUUGAGUUCAGAGAGCUUAUGCUCACUGAAGUAUCCGCUUUGGGGAGCCUUCCUGCUCCCCAUGCAAGCCUGGCCUGCCACACAAAGUACACUGGCCUAUGCAUGAUGGACAGUUGGUGUGGUAGCUGUGCCAAGUCUGACACUGUACGAGACUGAGCUUGGGGAAAAAAUAUCAGUGAAAGAUAUAGGCACAGCAAGAGGCGGAGGCUCCUGAACUCAAACUGAUUCCUCAUCCAGUUGUUUCCAGAGUUGCUAAAAAAACCCUCAAAACAUAGACUGUGUUCUUCCUUGGGAGCCUGGAGUCGACAGGCCAGCAGGUCAUCAUCUCUCCCUCCUGGAGUUUGUCAGUUUUUGUUCUGAAGACCAAAAAGUAGAAUGAGCCUGUUGUCCCUCACUAGACUUUGUCCUCCUAUACCAGCUCACAAAGCUAACAAGAGGGACACACUCGCCCAGAGGAAAAAAGGAACAUGUACAAACAUUAACAACAUACCAACAAUGAUUUCUUACAGUACAUUCAUGCCACAAUGUGUAAAGGGCACUUUCCAUACAUUGAGAAGACCUCUGAAAUCAAUAUACAACAUAGCAAUAGAAAUGUCUGAUACACAGUUGGCGAGGAGAGUUUGUGUAUGCCCUGUUGAAAUGACAUAAGCUAUUUUCACAACAUGUCACCGUGUGGGAAAUCUUUAUGAAAAUCACCCAUUAGUGAUUGAGAAAUGUAUAACAUUUUUAAGAAAUGAGAGUAAGUUGCAUUGUAUUUGUAUGCGGUAAUCAGGGAGAAAUUAUUGGUCAUUUUAGACCGUGUCUGAUGGAUAUAUGUUAUGGUGUUUUGUUGUACAUUUUGUAUAUAACCUUUAUUCUCGGUUCGUACCCUUGUUAGAUUGAAGGUUCUUGCAUAUGUAAAUUAAGUUAGUAUUGAAUUAUUGUAUGAUGUCACAAUAGAUUGCUCUACAGACUGCAAAGAGAAUGCAGCGUUUGAACCAUGCACUCUGAGUAUAAACUUUUUGAAGAUAUAUAAUUGAAAUAAAUGUAUUGUCAACUGACUGCA